AUGACAUACAAAUCUUUUCCUAAUUUUCUUGAAAUAGUAGCCAUUUGUAUCUUUGGUAUUAUACUAUAUAGUGUUUUAUGUGAAAAACUCUUCUCUACUUUGGAUUGGUUUAUAAAUUCUUAUCAUACUAAUUUAUCAAUAUCUCAGGUUAAAGCUAUGUCUAAUAAAAAUAUGUCUAUUGAAGAAAUGAUCAAUUUAUUAACAGAUUUAAUUAAUAAUAAGUUAGAUAAAGAAGAGGACGAAGAGAAUGUUGAUAUAAAUCUUAGAAAAGAUUUAGAAUUAGUAAUAAAUAUUGAGUUAAAUAUUAUUACAACUUUGAAUUUAAAUACUAUAAUUGUUAAUGAUAAUAUAAAUCUUAAUGAAGAUAAUAAUCAAGAAGUAAAUUUAGAAAAUGAAGAAGAUUUUGAUUUGAAAAAUCUAGUAGAUAAAGGUUUAAAAGAUUUUGAGUAA